AUGGCCGUUGCGCAAAGGCUCCUCGUCAGUAUGUCCUGCGAGGCCGGCACGCCGCACUGGACGCUGACCGCGGUGGUUCUCCUGGGCUUUCUGCUGGGGAUCGUGUCAGCGUACCCUUUACCGAGCAGCAGGACAAAUGCAACUUUACUGGAGAAAAGAUGGGAGACCCUCUUCUCCCGCUCCGUACUGGGGAUCUCCGGGGAGAAACCGGAGCUGAACUGGGAGAGUGACUAUCUGCUGGGCAUCAAAAGAGUGCGGAGGCUCUACUGCAACGUGGGCAUCGGGUUUCACCUUCAGAUCCUCCCCGACGGCAGGAUAAACGGUGUACAUAAUGAAAACCAGUACAGUCUAAUAGAGAUCUCGACGGUGGAGAGAGGAGUGGUGAGCUUGUACGGAGUGAAGAGUGAGCUGUUUGUCGCAAUGAACAGCCGUGGAAGGUUAUACGGAACGACAGUCUUCCAUGACGAGUGCAAGUUCAAGGAGAGCUUGCUGCCAAACAACUACAACGCCUACGAGUCUUCGGUUUACAGAGGCUCCUACAUAGCUCUCAGCAAGCAUGGCCGUGUGAAGAGGGGCAACAAGGCCACCACUGCCAUGACUGUGACGCACUUCCUACCCCGAAUAUGA